CUGUCUCCAGGUGUUUUAAUGGACAGUGUGCUUGAAGGGCAUUAUGGGUAAUGUAGUAAAUGACAGCAACAUGCAGAGCUGUAUAAAGUACUGUCAAGUAAAAAUACUGCAGUACAAGCAAAAGUCCUGCCUUUACGUCUGAAUUUAUUUACAAUUAACUAAACAUUUUUUUUAUGUGUUUUGCUUUCCAGCUGAAGCUAAAAUAAGUGGAGAUUGUUAAUUUAUCUAUUAAACAUAGAACAGAUAUAAUAAUAACAGAUAUAAUAAUUAGGUCCCACUCCGACCGGUCCUACCAGAAACCAGUUCUUUAACAGCUUCUGAGGUUCGUACUGAAUCUGAACAAACCAGUGUUGGGGGAAUGGAUAGGCUAUCUCCAGUCUGGAUGAAAGUGGGAUGAUGAGAAUUCACGACAAUAAGCGUCAAGGGGUUAAAAAGCUGAAUAAUAAUGCACACUGUUGAAUGUGUCAUAGUUUAUGUUUUAUUUACUGAAAGCAGUAAUGCAGCAUAAAGUCAUGUAGAAGUACUGCAGCUCAGGUACAUGUAGUUAACGUGUUCAGAUGCUGUGAAUCUUUAGAUUGAUCCCCUGAUUGAUUAAUGAUCAGUUUCACUCUAAUGUGUCAUAAUAAUAAUAAAUAGUAUUUAUAUAAAUGUACACGUUCAUCUGGUGUAGUACUCAGGUCAUAGUACUGUCAGUAGUACUGCUAGUAGUACUGUUAGUACUGUUUGUAGUACGAGCUGCUCCUGCAGUUCCUCUGUCCUCCUGCAGGCGGCGCUGCUGCAACACAGAGCUCUGAUCUAAACGAGCUGCAGGUUUCAACUGAUUCUUCUGUUCCUCAGUCAGAUCAUCGAAGCUUCGGUUAUUGAUCCUCACAUUAUUGAUUAGAACAGCAGAGACCUCGAUCACCCUUCAUCCUCCUCCAUCAUCCUCCUCCAUCAUCCUCCUCCAUCAUCCUCCUCCAUCAUCCUCCUCCAGCCGCAGACCGUCAGCGGACCGACAGACGAACCGACAGACGGACGGACCGACUCCUCCGGCUGCAGUGAUGUCGGCGUCUCCCGCCCUGUCCGACCUGUCCCGCCUCUACCAGACGGAGUUUGUUCGCAGCGCCAGAGCCGUGGGCGUCCUCUGGGCCGUCUGCUCGCUCUGCUUCGCCAUCAUCCAGGUGGUCAUCCUGGUGCAGCCGUCCUGGAUCGGCACCGCGGACAUCCGGCCUCCGCAGCCCAGCGGCACCCUGGGACUGUUCGAGGUAUGUCUGGAGUCUGAUUGGCCGGUCCCAGACUGUCGUGGUGGUCUGUCCAGUCUGUCUCCUCUGCCGUCCUUCCAGUCGGUGGCGGUGUUGGUGGGCGUGUCUCUGUGGGCGGUGUGGACCAGCGUCCUCUGUCUCUGUCUCUUCAGGUUCUGCAGCGCUGCGACCGUCUACAAGAUCUGUGCCUGGCUGCAGCUGACUGCAGCAGGGUUCUGCCUGGCGCUGGCCUGCCUCCUGUUUCCAGAUUCGUGGGAGAGUCCAGAGAUGAGAGCUCUGUGUGGCGACUCGGUGGGCAGUUUCUCUCCAGGUAACUGUUCGGUGCACUGGGCCUACAUCCUGGCCAUCCUGGGAGUUCUUGAUUACACCAUCUUGGCCACGCUGGCCUUUGUCCUGGCCAACCGACAGGACGCCCUGCUGCCGCCGGACUCCCAGGAUGUGACCACGGGUCUGCUGAUGACGGCAUGAACACCAGGGCCUUCACUUCUUCACUUCCUCCUGAUCUCUUUAUCAUCAUCUCCAUGGACAAAGAAACGUCUUUAUGAUCUCAUUCUUCUAAGACAUAUUCAAAUUGAAGAACCUUAACUUGCUAGUUUUAGUUCUAGUGUCUUCCAGGUGAAGCCGUUAUUCCAGCGCUGUGGUUUUACAUGAGAAGUUCUUCAGCACCAAAUGGACAAACAUAGGAUACAGUUUCACAGUCAGAUUAAUGAGUGUCCGUUUAUCAGAAUAAAAUGUGUUGGGUUUCUCCUUUGCUUCCAUGAAAGAAAAUGUAAAGAUGCUGAACUAAAUGAGAAAUGAGCCCAGAUAUCCUGUCCUUCUACUUCAUGUUUUGUCUUUCCAUCUUUACGUUAUUUCUCCAGUGUCAGCAUGGUGGAGUAGAUGUUUCUGCUGCGCUUGUUGUAAUACCACAAGUCACUCCUGGAGACAAUCAUCAGCAAACACCAGUUAGCUUAGCCUGGGAAAUGAGCUUAAACAGCUACAAGCUAACAACCACAAAGGAAAAUGUUAUGCAAAAAUGUCUACAAACUUUCCCAGUUCUGAAAUCUACAGAACUUCGAGGCUCUCAAACAGCUGGCUCUAGUUCUGUUGGGCUAGCUUCUAGGCCAUCUUUGGGUUCAUUUCACCAUUAGAAUUAGCUUCUAAAGCCAGGUAGGCUAGAGUUGAUGUAAGAUCUAAGAAAUGUCUGGGUUUAGUUAGCUUAGUUUUAGCUCAAAGCCCCUUUAGGUGUGAGUUGGUAUUGGGUUCAGCCAACUUUUGAGUCCAGUUAGCUAAGAAUGAACUUCUAGGCCCAUUUAGCUCUGUCAGUUUUAGGCUUCGUUAACCUCUAAACUCGGUUUACUUAUAAUCAUCCUGUAGGUCAUUUAGUGCUGUUAGAUCUGUGUUCUGCUGACUUCUGGGUCCAGUUUCAUAGCUAACAGUACCAUUUCACUCCAAUCAGAUUUGGUUUCAGUUGGCUUCAAUUCAAAUUUUGUGUUCUUAUUUUGGAGUUACAGUAAAAGCUGAAGAUCCACUUAAGGUUAGCGAUCUUCUGGUCUACUUAGCGUCAAGAUACAGUUAGCUUAGAUUUGCAUCUAGGUCCAUGUGGGUUAGAUAUAUCUUAAGAUGGAGUUUGCAUCUCGAUGGUCUAGUUUUCUUUGAACUGGCAUCAAAUUAGCGUAUGUUUCAACAUUUUUUUAAAGACGCGGAAAAGUCAACCAAAUUCUGGGUGACGUAAAGCACUAAAAACAUGUUUUACAGCUGAGAAUGUUGCACAAACACAAUGUGAGAAAUGUCUAAAAAACAAAAAAACAAAAAAACGAGCUGAUAGAAACAUUCUUGAAUGUAUUCAGGUCUGACAAGUUCUUAAAGAAGGGAAGAAAAACAAAGACAGCAACAUGGAAACUCAGUGUGUUCUAUGAAACGAUUUCUGUCAUCACAGUUCAUGAAAUGUCUCAAUCUUUUAAAGGAACAAUCAGAUUUUAUUACAUCCUCAACACCAGGUUCCUCUCUGGAGUUAGCCUAGUUUAAUGCUGUAAACACUGGAAACAGUCACAAUAAAAAACAAUAAAACAACAACAUAAUACAUCCAAAUCCUGUUAGCUUAGAGUUAGCCUCAGGUCCUGUUAACUUAGAGUUAGCCUCAGGUCCUGUUAACUUAAGGUGCUUUCACACCUACGUCUUUUAGUCCGCUUAAAGCGGACUGGAGUCCGCAACACCUGCAAGUACGGUUCGUUUGGGCUGAUGUGAAAGCAUACCAGAUUUUUUUGGUUCGGACUAACGAACCACACCGAGACCACUUUCGGGAGGUGGUCUCGGUCCGCUUCUAUGUGAACUCCAGUUCGGUUCGCUCAUGGUGAGAACACAAACCUGUCUCCAUUCGGACCGGCUUGAUGGCGCAGCAGACUUUUUGGUCUACGGGAGCUUCCGUAGCAACCUGCACAGGGAAUUUUGGGAGGCGCAAAAAAACUCGCGCUAGCUAAACCACAUUCUCCACACGAGUUUGAUCGAGAGCCUGCGUUUACGAUGAACAGGGGACAAACUUGGUCUAAAGAGGAGGUAAAACGACUGUAUAAUGUUCUCGUACCGAAUGCGAGCUUCAUGCUGAAACAACAGCAGUAUUUGUGCUUGCUGCAUAAAGCAAUAACACGAAUAUAUGGCAACAAGAAUGAACAGGAGAGCAUAGUUCAUUGUUUACGAAUAAACCGCGGUCCAUGAAAUAAACACAGCCUGUUGUUUUCUUCCGGGAUUUUUCCCUCUUCACAUGCUGCGCCAAUCAGCGUACACCUACGUCAUCGUAAACGCCUUGUUUUGUAAACAGCGCCGCCAAACGACUGGGGGGAGAUAUAACAUUAAUUGGAGUAGGUUCAACUGCGAAAACACUGGUGUGAAUGCGAACUGAACCAGUUGAAAAUAGCAACAUUGUAACAACUUUUGGCUCCAAACGAACCACUCUAGCGGACUAACAGGUGUGAAAGCACCCUUAGAGUUGGUCUCAGGUCCUGUUAGCUUAGAGUUGGUCUCAGGUCCUGUUAGCUUAGAGUUAGUCUCAAGUCCUGUUAGCUUAGAGUUAGUCUCAGGUCCUGUUAGCUUAGAGUUAGUCCCAGGUCCUGUUAGCUUAGAGUUAGCCUCAGGCCCUGUUAGCUUAGAGUUAGUCUCCGGUCCUGUUAACUUAGAGUUAGUCUCAGGUCUAGGUAGUUUAGAGUUGGUCCCAGGUCCUGUUAGCUUAGUGUUCGCUUCAGGUUCAGUCCAUUUCUGUUAGGAUUUUAGGUUCACUUUGCAGAUGUAGCUUUAGGCUCAUUAACUUCUAGGUCCAGUUAGCUUUGAGUUAGCUUCAGAUCCACUUAAAGUUAGCUUAGGAUUAAGAUUCUAGACCAAUAUAUCAUUGAAUAGCUUCAGGUCCAUUUAAUUUCCGGUUGCAUUUAACUUAGCAUUUGCUUCUUUAGCAUGUUAACAUAGAGCUAGCUUGUUGUCCAGUCAAAUAAAACCCACUGACUACAGGAUGGACUUUAGCUUAUUAGCUCACAGCCUGCCUGACUUUGUGCUAAGCUAGGCUAUCCAGAGAGGUAAAACUGGUAGCGACGACUGAGGACAGGAAGUGAAGCAUUUGCUGUCUGCAUGACUUUUGACCUUUAAGGCACAUCAUCAAUAAAAUUUGUUUUCCUCCA